AUGUUUGAAGAACUAUAUUUAUAUAUACUGCGCAGCAUUCCAUGCAACAAGAAAGGUGGAAUUCGAUUCACCGUAACAGGGAAUCCUUAUUUCAACCCAGUGGCAGUAUGGAAUGUUGGGGGAGCUGGAGAUGUGAUAGGCUUGCAAGUGAAGGGUCAUCGGAAGCUGAAAUGGACAGCAAUGAAGCGAAACUGGGGUCAGAAGUGGGAAACCAAUGCAAUGAUGGCAGGGGAGUCGUUGACCUUCAGGGUUAGAGCAAGUGAUGGGAGAUACUCAACCUCAUGGCACAUUGCCCCCAAGAAUUGGCAAUUUGGUCAGACUUUCGAGGGCAAGAACUUCAAGUAG